AUGGCAACUUCACUCAUCACAGCCACCCAGUGUUUUGUGCCUAAGUCCAAGGAAGAGGAAGAACAAGUGGCGAAAACCUACCAAAGAUAUGAGGAGCUCAUAAUUCCAACUCUUCCAAGGCAUAAGGGAUGGUUGUCGGAGCACGUGUACAUGUACCAAGGCUACUGGUUCGAACCCAAUCGCGGAUUGAAAGGAGUGAUGUACUUGCAGGAACACUUUAAGCCUCGACCCACUGAUGUUCUUAUUGCCACUUCUCCGAAAUGUGGCACCACCUGGCUCAAAGCUUUGAUCUUCUCGAUCAUGAAUAGAGCAACUUAUACCGAUAUGAAGGCGCAUCCAUUGCUCAAAUAUAGCGUGCACGAGUGUGUGCCUUUCCUCGAUGUGCACCUGUUUAACACUAACCCCGUUGGGGACCCGGAGAUCCUACCCUCACCCCGCUUGUUGUGCAGUCACAUCGCCUAUGCCUCGUUGCCGGAAAUGGCUAGGGGCCCUAAUGGUUGCCGGAUCGUGCACAUGUGGAGGGACCCUAAGGAUGCACUUAUUUCCUUCUGGCACUUCGCGUGCAAAAUUAGGAGGAAAGUAGCUCAACAUCUGCCGGAACUUUCACUUACAGAAGCAUUUGAGAUGUUCUCCCAAGGUGUGUCUCCUUUUGGACCUUUCUGGGAUCAAGUCCUAGGAUAUUGGAAAGCAAGUCAAGAGUAUCCGGACAAGAGAUUGGCCGAGUUCUUGGGGAAGCCAUUCACCCUGGAAGAGAAGGAAAAACGCAUCAUGCACGAGAUUCUCAAACUGUGUAGCUUCGAGAGCAUGAGAAAUGCCGAGGUUCCCGAAAAAGGGAACUUUCACGAAAAAUUAACAAACUACCAUUUCUACUUCAGAAAAGGUGAGGUGGGAGACUGGAAGAAUUAUCUUACGGUGGAUAUGGCAAGACGUCUCGACGAGAUUACCGAGGAAAAGUUCAAGGGUACUGGGUUGGCUAUAUGA